AUGUCAGUGAAAAUUACUGAAAAGACACAAGUCCAGAGCUUGAUAAUUGACAAAUAUGAUUACUUUCUUUUUGAUUGUGAUGGAGUGUUGUGGUUAGGUGAUCAUUUACUUCCCUCCAUUGGUGAAACUUUAGAAUACCUAAGACAACAAAAGAAAACCGUGAUAUUUGUCACCAACAACUCAACCAAGUCACGUAGUGACUAUUUAUCAAAAUUCGAAAAAAUGGGUAUUUCCAAUAUAACUAAACUGGAGAUUUUUGGAUCAUCAUUUGCAUCAGCAGUUUAUGUUGAUAAAAUUUUGAAGUUAUCCAAAGAUAAGAAAGUUUGGGUGUUGGGUGAAGAAGGGAUUGAAAAGGAGUUGCAUGAAUUGGGUUAUGCUACAGUAGGAGGCACUGAUCCAGAUUUAGUUAAAGAUGGAGUCAAGUUUGAUCCAAAUACCAACUUGUUUGACAAUUUAGAUGCUGAUGUUGGUUGUGUUGUUUGUGGAUUGACGUUUAAUAUCAAUUACUUGAAAUUGUCCCUCACCAUGCAAUAUUUGCUCAAAGAUGACAAGAGUAUUCCAUUUAUUGCCACUAAUAUUGACUCUACGUUCCCCAUGAAGGGUAAAUUAUUGAUUGGAGCAGGGUCAAUUAUCGAAACAGUAGCAUACGCAAGUGGAAGACAACCAGAUGCUAUAUGUGGUAAGCCUAAUCAAAGUAUGAUGAAUUCAAUCAAAGCCCAAUUGCCGGGAUUGGAGAAAAAUCCCAAAAGAGGAUUGAUGAUUGGGGAUAGAUUAAACACUGAUAUGAAAUUUGGAAGAGAUGGAGGGUUGGACACAAUGUUGGUCUUGACAGGGAUUGAAACUGAAGCUAAUGUGAAGCAAUUACCAAAAGAGGAUGCGCCAACGUAUUAUAUCAACAAAUUGGGUGACGUAUAUGAAUUUACCCACUAA